AUGCUUCUCCCCAAAGGCGGCGUCAGCUGGAAGGCUGCAAGAGCACAACUCCCUCCCGCAAGGGCAGUAUGGGCUAUCCUCACAAAGACACGAUUCCUCCUCCUCGUUGCAGUAACAGGAGUUGUGCUAUUACUAUGGCGCGGUCUCAGCGCAAGCGCCUCCGAAAUGCAAAGUUUCUACUGCUGGGGUCCUUCAAAACCGCCAAUGGAGAUGACCCUUAAUGAGCAACAAGCUUGGAGUGCUCACCUUCAUACCCCUGUUAUCUUCAACCACCACGCUCCGGUAGAAAUCAACUCGUCCACCAUCUCCCACGUCGACCUCAACCCCAUCAAGUCUACCACCAAGGCCGUCGCCAACGAGGAGCGCGUCCUGAUCCUUACCCCCCUCAAGGAUGCCUCCAGGUAUCUCUCCAAGUACUUUGAGCUGAUCGCCGAGCUUACCUACCCCCACCACUUGAUCGAUCUCGCCUUCCUCGUCAGCGACUCUACCGAUGACACUCUUGCUGUCCUUGCUUCCGAGCUUGACCGCAUCCAGAAGCGCCCCGAUCAGAUACCCUUCCGCAGCGCCGUGGUUGUCGAGAAGGACUUCGACUUCAAGCUGAGCCAGGAUGUUGCGGAGCGCCACUCGUUCGCUGCCCAGGGUCCCCGUCGCAAGGCUAUGGGUCGCGCGCGCAACUACCUCCUCUCUGCUGCCCUCAAGCCUGAGCACUCCUGGGUCUACUGGAGAGAUGUGGACAUUGUCGACAGCCCCAAGAAGAUUCUCGAGGACUUUAUCGCCCACGAUAAGGAUAUUCUCGUUCCCAACAUUUGGUUCCACCGCUACCAGAACGGCCGUGAUAUUGAGGGAAGAUUCGACUAUAACUCUUGGGUCGAGUCCGAUAAGGGUCGUAGACUUGCUUCUAGCCUCGACAAGGAUGUUGUUCUCGCUGAGGGCUACAAGGAGUACGAUACCGGCCGCACUUACAUGGCUAGAAUGGGCGACUGGCGCGACGACAAGGAUGUCGAGAUCGAGCUUGACGGAAUUGGUGGCGUGAACAUUCUUGUCAAAGCUGAUGUCCACCGUUCCGGCAUCAACUUCCCCUGCUACGCUUUCGAGAACCAGGCCGAGACCGAGGGUUUCGCCAAGAUGGCCAAGCGCGCCGGUUACCAAGUCAUUGGUCUCCCCAACUACGUUGUCUGGCACAUCGACACCGAGGAGAAGGGUGGCAACGCAUAA